ACUAGACGAGUCGGUCAUUCCCACCCGGGUGAGCACUUGACUGAGCUCAGUUGCCUGACGCUUCAAGGAGGACGACUGCGUCCGCUUUCUCGUCUACUUCGCCCACGUCUACUUUCACGCCACCACAGGCACCCCUCCCGUGGAUUUAACGCAGCAGGAGAAGAACAUUGGGGGAACCUCCGCCCCAUGUGAGCUGGAGAAGAAGAUACAGACACGAGAAGAAGCGCAAUGGGAGCCUUUAGGAUGCUGCUGGGGACUUUACACUACGUGGGACUGUGCGUCUCCACCAGGCAUAGUGGACACGGACACACGGAGAACCACAUCAGCGGACACGCCAUGUUUACGGAGGUGCCUCAUGAUAUGACUGCACAGAGGGGUCAAGAUGUGGAAAUGGCCUGCUCGUUCAGGGGAGCCGGGAUGCCUUCUUACUCUUUGGAAAUCCAGUGGUGGUACAUUCGGAAUCACAUGGACUGGACAGACAGACAGCCGUGGAAAACCAAUGAGGUAUCACCGGAGGAGGAGAUGCCAAAGGAUGCUACAAAGAUAAGCGUAGUAAAGGUUGUUGGAAGUAACAUCUCUCACAAGCUCCGCCUGUCCCGCGUCAAAUCAUCCGACGAGGGCACCUAUGAAUGUCGAGUCAUCGACUUCAGCGACGAAGAAGGGGCGCGGCACCACCGCGUUCGCGCCUACCUGCAGGUAGUAGCCGAGAGCGACAUCGUCACCAGUAACCAGUAUGACAACUUCCAGGUGCUGGAUGACACCAAGAGCAAUUCGGGGUUCCAGCAUGCUCAUGAGGGACGGCCCCAUGAGCACGGCAAGCGCCCUUCGUCUACUGCCACUCAACACAGCCACCCCGGUGGUAGUGAUCAGCACCUAGCAGGCAAAGAGCUGAGGAAGAGGGAUGUGGACAGUAACCAUAGCAACAAUGACUGCUCCAAUGAGCCCAGCUGUGCGCUGUAAUCUGAUUACAUUUGAAAAAAAAAUAAAAUAAAGCAUAUAAAAAUUGCAAAUUACAAUGUGCAUAAUAGCGACACUUCCCACAUAGUGCCAAAUCCACAAUCUCAUAUAAAUGUAAAGCACGGCUUAUGAGGGCUGUGUGGUGGGAACGUGUAGCUAUCUCUACUUUGGAAAUUCAGAUCAUUUUUGUAGCGCAGAAUGCUUACGGUCAGUCAUGGGUGGCUUCAUGGUAUUCGCACUUUUUCCUAAAAUGACCAAAUUGACGUCAUGUUACCUUGCACAUAAUCCUUGGUUGCACCUAAAUAAUUAUCCAGACCUCUGCAAGGCAAAAUUGGAACAAAAGUAAAAAUCCAUUUGUUAGUUAGCAGGCUUCCUGGUUUAUGGAGGAUUAUGUAAAACAAGGGGUGUCAAACUUUUUUCUCCAAGAGCCGCAUAAAAAAAAUCAAAGUAUGCAAGGGCCAACUUGAAUACUUUUGGGUAGAUAAGAUUGAGUAUUAAAAUGUAUGUUUAUUUUUAAUAGUGCUGUCAAUUAAAAAAAAAAAAAUUUUUAUUAAUCACGUUAAAAUAUUUGACGCAUUUAACGCACACGCAGAAUGUCCCGCUCAUGCAUUGCCUCAAACAGAUUACAAUGACGCACUUGAGAGCUAAGAGGCAGAGAAAGGUGUCUUCUUUAUGCUUUUUCUUAACAAAGGUAUACCACACGUGACGUGCUGGCACUUUGUUUCUUUAUUAGCACAUUCAGCUUCAACAUUAACACAGCUUACAGCUCUCGGCAGGCCGUAACUCUAACUCACUCCUGCAUCAUGAGAGUAAACAGCAUUUUAUCUUAUUUUAUUUAUUUUAUCUAUUCUCACACAGUUAAACAACAGUGCAAAGAGAACUGGCAUUCCCAAUCAAAAUAGUUAUGCAAAAUACACAUAAAAUGUACUCAGACUUUGGUCAAACUCUAUUCAAACAUUUCCUUUAGCUCAACAAAUACACUGGAUGGCAAUAUUUAGUCACAAUAUACAAACUAUCAGAGGUCUCGUACGUUGUGAAGCCAGCACUCAAAUGACCGUGAGGUACAAUGCAUGGACCAGUAAACAGGGAACUACGGCGUCAGUCGAGGGACAAAACAUACUAUUUGGCUUGAAUUCUGAGUUAAUUCAAGAUUCGCCAUUGACACCUUGUGGUGUAUUUCAAUCACUAACAGAAACAAUGUUAUAAUGUUAAUGCCAUCUUGUGGAUUGUUGAAUGUAUAUAUAUAUAUAUAU